AUGGGUACCUCGUUAGCAAAGGACGCCCGAGCACUGCAACGCCAGAUUUCCACUUUAAACGCAGAUUCGGAAGCCACGCUGAUCACAUACUCCAACUUACUGCACAAGUAUCCUGAAGACCGUCGCGCGUUGCUUGCACUGCUCGACACGACCGCACACGGCAUCAUCGAGGGGUGGAGGCUACGAGCGCUGGAUGACCAUACGAACGCACGAGGAGCAUUCAAUAGCCUGGAGAAGGGACGCUGGGUAAAUUUCGGCUGGCUUGAACUUGACAUCGCCUUCGCAUCGGUCUGGGUCGACAGACCGACCUUUCUAGUUCAACUGCGAGCGCUGCACGACAGGACCAAGCUCGAUUGGAACACGGCUGUUGGCUUGAUUGCAACUGCUAAGGGCAACGCUCCCGACUUCAAACCAGCACACGUUAAGAACGCACUAGACAAAGCACGAGCAGCAGAGAGAAGCGCAGCAGCCACACACGUAAAAACGGCCGACCAAGGCGACAAGAGGUCGGAACACGGGCCUGCAACUGACGACGGUGAGAUCCAGGAAGGGGGUGCAGGACAGAUCGAUGACGAAGACACAACGCUUGUAGAUCACGAUCAGCCGCUACAGCAAAGCACUAUUCGCCCACCCAUAACGCAGUCCGACCCCACAAGCUUUGGUGACGACGACACAUGCUUAGACGACGGCAUCUUCCCGGUACAGGAGAUCGAACGGCAGCAUCUCGACGAGCAGCGUAUCGAACCGCAACAGCUCGAUCAGACGCGCCUUGUCACGAUGGCCACAAGCAAUGGCCAAAGCGUACAGCCUGAAGAUCGGGUCGCGAUUGUGCAGCGGUGGAAGCAGGAGCUGGAGGAUAGUCGCGCGAAGGCAAGGGAAUCUCGGGAAGCCAAUGUUGCUGCCGGCGUACAUCUCGAGGAAACAACGAACACAUCGAAUUCGAACGCUCGCAAGAGAGUUGCGCGUGUCGCAUUUGGUAUACCAGAUCAUGACGGUCAGACGGGUGGUGAAACCGCUGGAAAGGUUUUGGCUGAUGCGACGGCCGAGCUGGAACGCACAGCGACGGCGUGGAAGGUCGAUCGAGAAGAGACCGCACGGAGGGAGGCAGAAUUCGUCGAGAUCACGCGUGUGAUCCUAGAAGGGGUAUGA